CCCUGCAGCUCUACUUUCAGGAACUUUUGCAUUACAAUGGCCUUGAUGAGACUGGCAGACAGGAUUAACUGGGAAUUCGCCAGGGUGUGUGGAGGAAUGAGGGCCACCAGGAGGGGCCAGUCUAAGGACUUCGUUAUAUACUAGGCUUGAUUUAUACAUCCACAGACUCCAAACUCUUCACUUUUGUUGGAUUAGGCUGGUCCCUGUUGGCUCUUGGGGCAAUUCCCUUCAUCCCAACUUUUUAAUACUUUUCUAUCUGGAGAUCUUCGUAUUUUCCACUCAAAAAGCCUUUAAGUCUGAGUUGGACUUUCACAGUCUAGGUCUUUUGGUUUUUUGUUUGUUUUGUUCUUCUACUCGACAACAUGAGUGUGGAUCUAGCUUCUCCCCAAAGCCUGCCUGAAGCAUGCGAUUCUAGGGACUCUUCACCAAUAUCUACAAUUUUGGGGGCUGAAGAAAAUUACACAUCCUUGCAAAUGUCCUCUGCUGAGGCACUCUACUCAGAGACUGUCUCUCCUCUUCCUUCCUCCAUGGAUCAGCUUAUUCAGGAUAGCCCUGAUUCUUCCACCAGUCCCAAAAUAAAAUCGCCUGCUUCUGCUUCUAUAGAGAAGAGCACAGUGAAGAAGGAAGGUAAGGGCCAGGGCAAGAAACAGAAGGUCAGAACUGUGUUCUCGCAGACCCAGCUGUGCAUACUCAAAGACAGAUUUCAGAAACAGAAAUACCUCAGCCUCCAGCAGAUGCAAGAACUUUCCGAAGUCCUGAACCUUAGCUACAAACAGGUUAAGACCUGGUUCCAGAACCAGAGAAUGAAAUGUAAGAGGUGGCAGAAAAAUACCAACUGGUCAAAGAAUAGCAGUGGUGCGAUUCAGAAGGUCUCAGUACCUACAGAGUUCCUGGACCUCUACUCUUCCUAUCACCAGGGAUGCUUUCCUUCUGGAAACCUCCCAAUGUGGAACAAUCAGACCUGGAACAACUCAACUUGGAGCAACCAGACCUGGAACAGCCAGUCGUGGAACAACCAUUCCUGGAACAGCCAGGCUUGGAGCAACCAUUCCUGGAACAGCCAGGCUUGGUGCACCCAAUCCUGGAAUAGCCAAUCACCCUGGAACAAUCAGUUCCAAAACUGUGGAGAGGACUUCCUGCUGCCGCAGAUCCAAUUCCAGCAAAAUUCUGCCAGUGAUCUGGAGACCUCACAAACCAUAGAUUUAUUCCUAAAUUACUCCAUGAACAUACAGCCUGAAGAUGCGUGAAGAUGGGUAUAUAACUCAAUGUCAAUCUGGGCGGUGACUGCAUUCCUUCUUUCUUGUAGGACUUCUUGUUUUUAGAGGUUUAUCUCUCUGCCAUGAUAUCCUGGUUUUCAUUGUGCCUAUUGUAUAGAUUUGGGAGGGGUAUAAUAGACAUUUAAUCAAAUAGGUUUCAAUAAUAGCUACCUGGACAAUAUGAUAAAAGAUGUUUCUGACUAUAGAUAACUAGAUACCAUACUACCUCGGAUAUCUUUAGGAUCUAGCCUCAAGAAUUCAAACUAAAAGUACAAAGAUGUGGUGGAGGAUUAUUUGUAUUUUAUAGGAUUGGGAGGCUUAAGGUGAAGGGUUAAGUCAUAGGAGCUUCAUUGAUUUCCUCCACCCUUCUGCUCUGUUUUACUAUAACCCCUAACUUGUUCAUUUUUUGAAUAUUUGUAGAAAGAUGUUUUGUAUUUUGCUGCAUUACGGUAAUAAUAGUACCAGUAUGGCUGGUUGAUUUAUAAAUAUUAGUACAAGCAAAUAAAGUAAUAUCCAUUUUACCUUUAGCUGUCUUCUGCCCUAAUUUUACCCAGAGGUUCAAUGAGGAAAAAUUCCACUAAACACGGGUCUUCAUUACUUUGUUUGAUGUAGGGGCAUAUUGCUCUGCAAUUUUCUUCUAUUUAGGAAUAUUUCAUAGAUAUCGUUUCCUAAAUUUAGAUCUCAUUCUUUUUAAUUGCUGUGUAGUACUAGAGCGACCCCUGGUAAUACAAUGGUUAAGUGCUCGCCCACUAACAGAAAAGGCUGGUAAGGUUGGUUUGAACCCACCAGCAACUCCUCAGGAUCUGGGGAUCUGCUCCUGUAAAACAUUACAGCCUAGGAAACCCUAUGGGGCAGUUCUACUCUGUCCUACAGGGUCUUUAUGUUCCAGAAACUUCAGAUAUAUAGUUAAUACCUAAAAAGGUACAAGAUACUUUUUUAGAAUAAAGCUAGUAAAUAUUCGAGCAAAAAUCACCGUGUAAGUCGCCAUAAAGUUGAGGCUGGAAAAAGGCUAAAAAGUCUUUUCCUAAAUGCAAAAUUAAAGUCUUUUCCUAGGUGCUAACCCAAUUUAAGGCUUGUCAGUUUACCCCUUUUUUUGGUCACAGGAUCACUAAGAAUAUACAUAAUAGAAGGAGAUAAGGUGAAAAGACCAAAAAAAUCCACUGCUGUCGAGUUGACUCGUAGUGACCCUGUAAGACAGAGUAGAACUGCCUCAUAGGGUCUCCAAGGAAGCCACUGUCCCAUCUUCUUGCCACAGAGCAGCUGGUGGCUUGAACCGGUGGAUUAGCAGCUGAGCACUUUAACCAUUGUGCCA